AAAAGCUCUUGACCAAUUCUUCACUCGGUUUACUUGACCAGCAGUCGUCGCAAUCGAACACCACACCAUGCGGGCACCAGAGUGGAUGAGCAAUGAAAUGGCGCGCCUCACAUCAAGGCUCGAGCGUUACAAGCCAACGGGCAGUGGAUACAACCGCAUCCAGUCGAUUCGACUGUCCAAAAGCGUUACCCAAAUGCUGAACAAUCCUAUGCCUCCGGCACCAGCCGCUGCCACCGCCAGAUCGCAGCCGGAGAGCUCCUUCACAACGCCGCGACGGCGCGGUGUCUUAAGUCGCAGUCAAUCGGAAUGGGAGGAGGUGUAUCCUGCCGUCAAGUUCGUUCGCCAAGGGAGCAGCGAGAGUGACAUGAGUGAGGAUAACGAAAUGCGGUUCACCCACUAUAGAAAUUGUGCCACGCGUAUUCCCUGAGUGGAUAUACCAUCUUUAAUCUUUUUUUGAUAAUCCAUAAAUUUGUAUCAGAAUUAAGUAAAAACAAUAAAACAACAAAUAGCCUCAAAACAA